AUAUUUACGCUUAAGCCCAAAGCGAAGGCAAAGAAUCUUGUCUUUUCCAACCUGCACAGUGCCGUUGAACUUUGAUUUGAUUGACUUGUGGCGUGCCUUGAAAGUUUCUUCCCACACAGGAAAUAUGAACUAGCCUUUAGCUCUUGCUUCUAACUUGAAAACAAGUGAUCAGUUUAGUGGCAACAAGGAGAGAGACCAUUGAACAAAACUAAUGGAUCAGAUGACAGGUGCUGCUGAAACCAUAUAUGUUGCAGUAGGAAAAGCUGUUGAAGAAAGCAAGCACACUUUGUUAUGGGCAUUGCAGAGACUUCGUCCCACAAAAGUUUGUAUUCUUCAUGUUCAUCAGCCUGGCAAUAUGAUCACCAACAAUGGUGUGAGUUCUCUAACAAGUAGGCUUCCACAACAUGAAGUUGGGAAGAAGAUGUUAGAUAGGGUCAUGAAUGAUUACCUUCUCAUUUGUGGCCAGAAAAAGGUCCAAGCAGAAAAGCGACACAUCGAACUUGAUGAUGUUGCAAAGGGGAUUGUGGAGCUGAUUCGUGAGCACAAUAUCAAACAACUUGUCAUGGGAGCAGCUGCUGACAAGCACUUUUCAGUGGGAAUGACUGAUCUCAAGUCUGAAAAAGCCCAAUAUGUGGAUCGACAUGCGCCACCUUCCUGUCAAAUUUGGUUUAUUUGUGGGGGGCAAUUCGUCCAUGGAAGGUCAGUCGUUGAAACUGGACAAUCAAACCUGAGUAGUCCUUCGUCAAGUUCCAGUCAUUUGCCAUGCUCUAGCAAAGUGGCUACCAAUUCAGAACCGAUUGUUUCUGAGACAUCAGAGGAGAGUCCAGACUGGCUUGAGUUUCAUGAUUUUAGUAAUGAUCCACCCUUUGAUCAACUUGACCAAGCCCUACUGGAUGCUGAAAAUUCAAAUCGAGAAACAUUUGAAGAGUUGGACAGGCGUAUGAAAGCUGAAAAGAAUGCUCUCAAUGCUGUGAUGCGCCAAGCUAGUGAAUUGAAAAGAUCAUACACUGGAGAGUUAAGACGCCGGAGGGAAACUGAAGCAGCACUUAUAAAACAGAAAGAGGAACUUGAACAGAUCAAGCAGCAGAGAGAUCAAGCGCGCAAAAUUGCCAGAGCUCAAAAGUUAUUAUCCGAGAGUCGAGGUUCCAACUCAGGUGACAUUAAAGUAUUGGAAGCUAAGGUAUCAUCAGCUACGGAGCAGUUACAAAUUUGCCAGAGAGAACGAGAUGAGUUGCAGACAAAGCUUGAAAAUGCUCGCAAGCAAACUGAGGAGCAUUCAACAAAACAAGAAGAGACUUCAAGUGUGCAUAUGCAGCAAUUCUUCUCGGAGUUCACUGUCACUGAAAUUCAUGAUGCAACGGAGGACUUUGACCCUUCUUAUAAGAUUGCAGAAGGAGCAUAUGGUCGAAUUUAUAAAUGUAUUCUCCGUCACACUGAAGUGGCUAUAAAGGUGCUCCACCAAAAUUGUUUACAGGGCCCCUCAGAAUUUCAACAGGAGGUUGAUAUUUUGAGUAAGCUGAGGCAUCCAAACCUGGUUACACUCAUUGGAGUCUGCCCUGAAAUUUGGGCUCUGAUAUAUGAGUAUCUCCCUAAUGGAAGCCUUGAAGAUCGUCUGAGCCAAAUGAAUAAUACUCCCCCAUUGUCAUGGCAAACGCGAAUACAUAUAGCUACUGAGAUAUGUUCUGCACUCAUCUUCCUACAUUCCAGUAAGCCUCAAAGGUUAGUGCAUGGCAACUUAAAGCCAAGAAAUAUACUCCUUGACACCAACUUUGGCUGCAAACUUAGCGACUUUGGAGUCUGCCAUGCACUCUCUUCUAUCAAAAUUUCAAGCAAUAUGACUGUUCCAAGCAGCAGAUUUCCUUACCUGGAUCCUCAGUUUCUUACAACAAGAUCAUUGACUCCUAGUUCUGACAUAUACUCAUUUGGCAUUAUAUUACUACAGUUAAUUACUGGGAUAUCACCCUUGCAUAUAGCAGAGAACGUGCAAAAUGCACUAAAUGGAGGAUAUCUUAAUGAUUUAUUGGAUCCUUCAGCUGGAGGCUGGUCAUAUUUGCAAGCUGAGCAGUUGACUCGCUUGGCUUUGAGAUGCUGUGAUAAUAACCGAAGUCGUCGACCAGACCUUGCUUCAGAAGUUUUCAGGGUUCUUGAGAAGAUGAGAGAUUCUAUUGGACCCUUAUCAACAUUCCAUGCUGGGUCUGAAGAUCAUCAUAAGCCUCCACAUUAUUUCAUUUGCCCCAUUACUCAGGAAAUCAUGGCAAAUCCACAUGUGGCAGCUGAUGGAUACACGUAUGAAUUACAGGCAUUGCGGGAAUGGCUGGGUAGGGGCCACAAUACCUCCCCUGUGAUAAACAUCGAGCUUCCUCAUCGCAAUCUGGUCCCGAACCAUGCACUUCGUUCUGCAAUCUUGGAGUGGCAGCAGCAGCAGCAUUAACAUUGUAUUUUAAUUUAGUUUGCUCAUGACAGGCAACCCCAGACCUUGAGCUAAAUCAUGUUAUGUCUUUUAACGUUGCUCCUUGUUCUAAGAACAUAUUGGACUAGUUUCCUAGUAUUCCACAUGUUGUAUGUUUCUCUCUUUUACAUGUGGUUGCUUGUUUAAAACAGGAUAUAUGCAUAUUUACAGGUAAUGUAUUGUACAUAUAUGAUAUUUACCUCAACGAUCUGCCAACUCU